UCCGGGGUCAAGCAGCUUCUGUGCUCACUCUGUCCUGGUGGUUUCUGAGUUUGAAUAUGGUGCAAAAAUACCAGUCUCCUGUCCGAGUAUACAAGUAUCCAUUCGAGCUGGUCAUGGCGGCCUACGAGAAGCGCUUCCCCACCUGCCCGCUUAUCCCAGUCUUUCUGGGUAGUGAAGUCCUGGGAGAGUGGCGAAGCGCAGAUGGGGCGGUGCACACGGUGGAGCGGAGCUGCAGGCUGCGAGUGGAAGCCCCGCGGCUGCUGCGUAAGAUCGCUGGUGUGGAGCACGUGGUCUUCAUUCAGAGAAAUGUCCUGAACUGGAGAGAGAGGACACUCCUGAUAGAUGCUCACAAUGAGACCUUUGCGAGCCGAGUGACGGUGAAGGAGAACUGUCGCUACACAGUCCAUCCUGAGAAUGAAGACUGGACUUGCUUUGAACAGUCCGCAUCCCUGGAUGUCCGCUCUUUCUUUGGCUUUGAAAGCACCUUGGAGAAGAUCGCCAUGAAGCAGUACACUGCCAAUGUCAAGAGGGGGAAGGAGGUGAUUGAACACUAUCUGAGUGAGCUCAUUUCCCAGGGAACAUCUCACAUUCCCCGCUGGAUACCAGCUCCUGUUCAGAAGGAGGAUGUCGGAAGCCAACUUGUGCCCCGGUGCCCUCGCUCCCUGGAGACCGAUGGCCCCAGUGAUGCCCCAGGCCCUGCUCCUGAGACAGUCACGGCUGAUGGGGACAAGCUGGAUGCAGACUACAUUGAGAGGUGCCUGGGCCAUCUCAGUCCCAUGCAGGAGAGUUGCCUGGUCCAGCUUCGGCACUGGUUACAGGAGACGCACAAAGGCAAGAUCCCCAAAGAUGAGCAUAUCUUGCGCUUCCUGAGGGCACGAGACUUCAACCUGGACAAGGCCCGGGAUAUGUUGUGCCAGUCCUUAAGCUGGCGGAAGCAGCACCAGGUGGAUCUCCUUCUGCAGACCUGGCGGCCCCCCGCGCCCCUGCAGGAGUUCUAUGCUGGAGGCUGGCACUACCAGGAUAUAGAUGGUCGCCCCCUCUACAUUCUGCGCCUGGGGCAGAUGGACACCAAAGGCCUGAUGAAGGCAGUAGGAGAGGAAGCUUUGCUGCAGCACGUUCUUUCUGUCAACGAGGAAGGACAGAAGAGAUGCGAAGGAAACACAAGACAAUUUGGCCGUCCCAUCAGCUCCUGGACCUGCUUGCUGGACUUGGAGGGCCUCAACAUGCGGCAUUUGUGGCGACCUGGGGUGAAAGCCCUGCUGCGGAUGAUCGAGGUGGUGGAGGACAACUACCCCGAGACUCUGGGCAGGCUGCUCAUCGUGCGUGCUCCCCGCGUCUUCCCGGUGCUGUGGACGCUGGUCAGCCCCUUCAUCAAUGAGAACACCAGGCGCAAGUUCCUCAUCUACAGUGGCAGCAAUUACCAGGGCCCUGGCGGCCUGGUGGACUACCUGGAUAAGGAUGUGAUCCCUGACUUCCUGGGAGGAGAGAGCGUGUGUAAUGUUCCGGAAGGAGGGAUGGUCCCAAAGUCCCUUUAUCUGACGGAAGAGGAGCAGGAGCAGGCUGACCAGCUACGGCAGUGGAGUGAGACCUACCAUUCAGCCAGUGUGCUCCGUGGGACCCCCCAUGAGGUUGCCAUGGAGAUACCAGAGGGGGAGUCGGUCAUCACCUGGGACUUUGAUAUCCUCAGAGGGGAUGUGGUGUUCAGUCUGUAUCAUGCAAAGCAGGCACCCAAGCUCAGUCCCCAGGAGCCUGGGGUUAGAGCCAGUGGGCAGCUGAUCGACAGGAGCUGGGUCCUGGGGGUGGAUUACAGCCGUGUAGAGGCGCCGCUCAUCUGCCGGGAAGGGCAGAGCAUUCAGGGCUCCCAUGUUACUCAGUGGCCUGGCAUCUACCUGCUCCAGUGGCAGAUUCACAAUCCCCCUGAGAGUGUAGCCUGCAGUCUCCCAGGUGUGGAUGAUGUCCUGACGGCUCUGCACAGUCCUGGCCCCAAGUGCAAGCUGCUCUAUUACUGUGAAGUGCUGGCGUCUGAAGACUUCAGGGGCUCCAUGUCCAGUCUGGAAUCCUGUGCCAGCCGCUUCUCUCAGCUCAGCGCCACCACCUCCUCUUCGUCCUCUGGCCAGUCCCACAGUGGCUCGAUGGUGUCCAGAUAGCUGGCUGAGGACCUGAUGGCAGCCUGUGAGAAUGAGAACGAAGCCCAUCUAGACAGACACCUAGGAUCCUGUUGGAUGCAGAUGGCGCAGUGCCACAGCUGGGGUAUGAUGACCCCACAGCAGGGACCCAGCUCGCUACCUGUGUGCAGAGGGAGCUUGGCUUCGUGACCCUUGA